UUUCUGGCAUCAUCUCAACGUAGAGCACAUCUCAAGACAUUCCUUUCCUUCAGCAAGGUUCUUGGAGGAUUACGGCCGGAAUGUUUGUUCCACAUGUGGUUUCGUUUAUGCUAGAAGAUGGAAAUUUUGUCGUCGUACUCAAGGCGCCGGUAAACCUCGCUGUAGAGGUCCGAUGAUAGCUCCAAGUGAGUCUGAGUUUGUUUCCCCCACUUCGUCACCUCGCGGGUCUGCAGCUGGUUAUGUGUCAGUUCAAGGGUCUAGCAACGUGUCAGCUCUAGUGCCCCCUAUUUCGGUCACUGAAGUUGAGAAUGAUGUCACAGUGGAUGUUGAAGACUUGGCUCUGGAGGGUGUAAAAGCAGCUUUGAAUCUUGGCUGUCAAUCUGGUCUGAAUGAAGCUGAUGUGUUUCAAUCAAUCAUGGAUGAAAUCUCAACUUUAUCGGUCACUUCGGUCUGCCAUAUACCUAGCUGUGUGCGGCCUCUCUUGGCUGAGAUUCUGUCUUUCGAGUUUCAACAGGCUGUCAGGAAUAACCUGUGGGGCUUUGUUCGACUUUCCCUUUUUGCCAAGGCAGUUUUGAGAAUACCAUCUCGUGGGGGCAGGAAGAAAAGGCGUGUGGUGAGUGCUUGCCUAAUAUCUCGAAUGAAACAGUGGCAAUCUGGAGAUCUUGUUUCUUUGUGGAUCGAGGCUAGAAGAGCGGCUUCUGGUCGUGUUUUCAAUAAAACUGGAUCGUCGUUGGCUCAAAGGAACGUACGUCACGCCUUAUUUUUGAGCAGAGAAGGCAGAUAUGCAGAUGCUAUGCGGUCAUUGAGCUCCAAUGGUUGCGCCCCCUCUCACGAUCAGAAGGCCUUCGAAGAACUCCAUCAUAGGCAUCCGUUCAACCCACCUCCCACCUGGUCUGACGAUAUUCCUUCACCUUUAUGUGUCACUUCAGUUUCAGUUUUAGAGGCUUUGAAAGCAUUUCCUCGAGCCUCUAGUCCUGGGUUCUCCAAGCUUCGUGCGCAACACCUUCUUGAGGCAGUCCUGGGUUCAUCCACACCAUCUGCGCAAGAUUGCCUUGAGAGUUUGACUAGAUGGGUCAAUCUGGCCUUGUCAGGAAACAUGGACAGACGAAUAGCACCAUGGCUCACAGGAGCCCCACUAACAGCUUUAUACAAGAAGCAGGAAGGUGGAGGUAUAAGGCCAAUUGCCGUGGGAGAAACACUUCGCCGGUUGAUUGGUCGUGUAUGCUGUUCAGCCGUGAAAUCUAAGCUUCCAGAUAUUUUCUUGCCAUAUGGCCAGGUAGGUGUGGGCAUCCCAGGUGGUCUCGAGGCAGCGGUACAUUCACUUUCCAGCUUUAUUGACACUUUUGGAGAUGAUCCCAACUUAUGCUGCCUCAAACUGGAUAUGUCCAAUGCUUUCAACAAUUGUGACCGUACUACUUUUCUGCGACGUCUUCACAGAGAGCUUCCUGAGCUUUUUGGAUGGGUGCAGUGGAGCUAUCACAAACCCGCAGAACUUCGUUUUGGCAACCGAAAACUCACUUCUUCUACUGGUGUUCAGCAAGGCGACCCUCUGGGUCCUUUGCUUUUUUCCUUGGUCAUUCUAGAUUUAGUUGAUGAAAUUGGGCCAUUAAAUGACAUCAACUUAAAGUUGUGGUACCUAGAUGAUGGAAAUUUUGUUGGACAUCGUUGCAAGGUAGCUUCACUCCUAGAGCAGAUGAAAUCUAAAGGGUCUAGAUAUGGUCUUCAGCUGAACAUGUCCAAGUGUGAGAUAUUCUGGCCUUCUGGAAACCAGUCCUUUCCGGAAUUUCCGUCAGAUGUGGAACGCGUCGUCGACACAAAGGGUGGUGCUGAUUUUCUGGGCUCUCCUCUCUGGGGAUCUGAGGUCUUUUUCAAUACUAGCCUUUCAACUCGUAUUGACAAAAUCUGGGAAAGUCAACAACGCCUGCAAGAUAUUGAAGAUCCUCAGGUAGAAUUACUUUUACUGAGAUCAUGUCUGUCUUUGUGCAAACUAAACCACAUACUCAGGACGGUUCCACCUGACAAAGUCCUUGGCCAACUUCAAUCUUUUGACAUCAACUUACGGAAGACUCUGGAAUCAAUAGUAGAUUGUUCCUUAUCAGAAAGCUCAUGGCAACAAGCUACACUCCCCAUUCGCCUGGGGGGCUUGGGUUUGAGGGAAGCUUCUCGAUGUCACCCCGCAGCCUAUCUUUCCAGUUGUAACUCUUCUCGUCACUUGGCAUCUUACCUUCUAUCCAUGAGCAGCCAGUGGAACAUGUCAUAUUCCGAUGAGGGCCAGGCGAGUGUGUUUCCAGGGGAGUCUACGGCCCAAGAUUUUUUGCAACUCCUUUUACCAGAUAACAACCACAAAAUUGAUUCCACCAGUCAGCAUCAGUUGCAACUUCGGUUGGACUCUGCUUUAUGGUCUUCACUCAAAGAAUCGGCGAGCAUAAGGGAUCGAGCUCGACUGAAUACCAUUUCUGGUCAACACACUGGGGCAUGGCUACGGGCAAUACCGAACCCGAAUCUCGGCCUUUCCAUGCCCAAAAGAGAGUUUAGUGUGGCACUACGGAUAUGGUUGGGUAUCCCCAUUUUCCCUUCCCCAAACUCCAAACGCUGCCCUUGUGGUAACAUUAUUGAUAAGUUUGGUGACCAUCUAUUGGGAUGUAAUCAAGGACAGAGUUUGACAACGAAACGUCAUGAUGCUCUAUGCGAAGUGGUGUACAACGCACUGCUUACAGAUGAUUCUCGUUGUCGUCGGGAGGCAAGAUGUAGCAGUAGCAACCAAACAAGACCAGGAGAUGUUUAUCAUCCAGAUUUCGAGCGCGGUUUGCCUGCCUACUUUGACUUAUCGGUACGAAGUUCCUUACAACCGUCUUUUCUCACUCAAGCAGCAAGUCAUCCAGGUGCAGCAUCUGAUGCAGGAGAGAUGGAAAAGGACGAACGACAUCACCUGAAUGUGUCCAGCACAGGCAGCCUUUUUCAUCCGCUAGUAGUAGAGACUCUGGGUCUCUGGACAGCUGCUAGCCUUCAAGUGCUCAAGAUCAUAGCACGUAGAGCUUCGUUUAAACAUAAUGUUUCAAUUAGCCAGUCUGUUUGUCAUUUUCAUCAGCAACUCUCUACUAGACUGUGGUGUAGCAACGCUAAAAUGAUACUAGCUAGAUGUAGUUUAGAUGGUACUGCUAGUCCCCUAUGGGACCUAUAAUA